AUGAACCUGCUAUUUUCGGACGCGCUGCUUUUCCUCUCAUCCGCAACCGCGACCGUCCUCAGCGUCGUGUCCUUCGUCUUCACCAUCAUCGCGCUGACCUCGCCAGACUGGGCCACCCAGGCCCAGUACGACGUCGAUCCCUUUCAUCCGUCCAUUAACACGCGCAACCUCUCGGCCGUGGUGUCUCGCGGGCCGAGAAAGCAGUGCACCUUCCAGCGGAAUGAGACGGACCCCGCGGCGCCGUGGUUUACCACCUGCGACCCGGGUGGGUGCCAGGCCGGCGACCUGGCGUGGUGGUGCCAGCAGCAGGACGUCGGCUCCAACUUGCUCGUCGCCGGCUGCGUCCUGGCCGGCGUGGCCUGCGUCUACGCCAUGCUCGCCCUCGCCGCCAUGCUUCCCCUGCUGCCCGGGUCCGAGCCCGGCGCCAACGGAGAGUCGGGCGCCGAAUGCACGCGGCGAGUGCGGGCGCCGGCUUGGCGGCAUCGCCUCAGUAGCUGGCGGCAUCCGGACCAGGAGCAGCGGUUAGGAUUCGUCCUCGCCCGCGGAUUCCUGUCCAUGAUGCUUGUCCUGUCCAUCGCUACAUUCGCCAUCGGAACUCUUGUCCUGUCCGAGCUGCUCGUGAAUCAGCAACCUCCCGAUAGCGACUUCAUCUCGAGCGCGCCGAGCGUCAUCACUUCGGAUCACUGGAUGAUCGGAAAGGCCGUCAUCUAUGCGAAUCUUGGCUGGCUGCCGAAUCUCGUCGCUUGGCUCUGCCUGCCCAGCGUCGAAAUGGUCUUUGUAAGAUCACAUCGGAGACACGAGGAAUCCCGGCGUCAUAUUGUCAAUGUGCGUAAGGGGGGCAGAACAAAUGUCGCAUGA